AUGAUCGACCCUUCACUCGACAAAAAGAGUCAUUCAGACUACGUCAUCCAUGGAAAGUCCAACAUAAUCAAAGCACUUGAAAGCGACAGUCCAACUGCAUAUCAAGUCAGAACCAACAGAUUUAUCCCACUCUCAACAGUUGUCAUACAGGGACAAAUCUUCUCUUUCUGGGAAGGGUUAAUUCGGGAUAGCACGACUAAGGGGGCGAACAAGGCCAAGGAGGCGAGCAAGACUAUAGAGGCGCUUAGGGCGGAGGAAAAUAUGAAAGGGGACUUCUACGUCGGCAAGUUCGGGGCAGCCUUUGUGAUAUGCCUCGACAAAAAUGUCAUGAUCAAGAGAGUGGAGUUCAGCUGCAUGUCCGGCAAGCUCGCUCUUCCUUAUCCUACUCACUGGGAACGCGAAGGAGCCUCCAAGGGGCUGUCAACAUCACUUGCCAUGAUUCCUCCUGAUCUUCUGUCGCCCCACCCAAAACAACACGACGUCCAUCUACGCUCUGCGCUCGCGGUUCUUUGCCAUCAUCCCAUAACCUCGCAGAGUCUCUCCGUUGUCUGGUAUCUAUCCGAAUACAGGCAGAGGCUCCCCAUUGAUUUCGUCUUCACCAUGAAUGGUUCCCCCGAAAUUGACCCCGUCCAGGAAGCCAUCCACUUCUGGUGCAAUGACGAGAACGUAUAUUGGCUCGAAGAAAUACUACAUACUCAUCUCCAACCCCUCAUAGACAACAUCAACGCCGGAGGUCUCCAUAGCAGCUGGGAAUGGUUCACCGACGACGCGACUCUAACGACAAGCAUCAAUCUUCCACGCUGCGAAGGAACAACCUUUGAAGGAAGAGAAGCAAUCAGCGACUACUUCGCCAGCCAAUACAAUGCUGAACCCCGUAUGAAGUUUGUUCCACUCCUUUGCACCUACGGUCAAGGCCACAUGGCAUGCCAUGCAUGGUAUAGACUCGACGAUGAACAUGGCCUUUCCAGCCCUCGCGAUCAUCAGCUCCUCAUCACGGCGGACUUCAACGAUUACCACAGACUAUUCAGCAUGGAAAUCAGCGAGUAUACGGUUGCAGGGCCGGCGUCUUAUAUUGAGACAGUAGACAAUUGCGUCGCUUGUAGGGCCAUGGCUUCCAUGAGGCGAGAGAGACAGAUGGAAGAGGACGCGGAUGAUAGCAUAGAUGAUGAAGCCUACUCGGAUUGGCCUUAUCGCAAUGACGACCACGACCACUAA